AAUCGACUACUGUUUCAUUUUGUUGUUCUUGUGAUCUACGGUAACGAGAACAAGUCGAGGGAAACACCAUUGAUGGCACGAGGAACCAUGGUACCCACCCUUCUGGUGCUGCUUCUGGCUAUUUUUUGCGCGACCACCGUCGUCCACAGCAAGGAAUGGAUCGUCGGUCGCCAGGACGGAUGGUUCUUCAGCAUCUCCAAUUGGGGGGAUGACAAGCCAAUCAAGGUUGGCGAUGUGCUUGUGUUCAAGUACAAGGCAAUUGCACACAACGUGGUGCAGGUCUCAGAAGAAGACUACAACGCAUGCACGGUCUCUCGCCCAUCGCCGACCUACCGCUCCGGCAAUGACCACAUUAAGGUCACCAGCAGUGGCAGAUUCUUCUUCAUAUGUUAUGUGAAAACUCCUUUACACUGUGAGAAUGGCAUGAAGAUAGCCAUCACUGUCCAAUAGAUAUACAUGAUCCCUCUUAUGAUACGUACAUAUGCGUGUCUUUGUACUAAGUCUUUAAGGUGCGAUCUCAUGACAGGAUGAUGGCAGAAGAAAUAAAUUGAUGCU